AUGCUGGUUCUGGAGCAGAUGUUGAUGGGAUGCGAGUUCAGUGUUGAAGAUGGAAGAAAUGCCAGAGUAGGAAACGCCAUCAGACCCAUCGCCCUACGCGCCGUUUCUGCUAUAGCGUCUGCUGUUCCAGGGUUUCCCAUUCUAGCAACAGGAGGAAUUGAGUCGGCUGAAAGUGGCCUGCAGUUUCUUCACAGUGGUGCUUCUGUUUUACAGGUGUGCAGUGCCAUCCAGAAUCAAGAUUUUACUGUGAUUGAAGAUUACUGCACGGGGCUAAAAGCUUUGCUUUAUCUGCAGAGCAUAGAGGAGCUUCAGGACUGGGAUGGGCAGAGUUCUCCAACUAUCAGGCAUCAGAAAGGAAAACCUGUGCCCAAAAUUGUUGACCUGAUGGGAAAGAAACUUCCCAGUUUUGGUCCCUACCUUGAACAACGCAAGAAGAUAAUAGCUGAGAACAAACUGAAACAGAAGGAACAGAACAGCCUUGUUUCCCAGCCAGAGAGAAAACAGUUUGUUCCCAAGAAGCCCAUCCCAGCAGUGAAGGAUGUAAUUGGAAAAGCGCUGCGGUAUAUUGGAACAUAUGGAGAGCUCAGUAAUACCGAGCAAGUUGUGGCUCUGAUUGAUGAGGAAAUGUGUAUCAACUGUGGCAAAUGCUACAUGACCUGCAAUGAUUCCGGCUACCAGGCUAUACAAUUUGAUCCAGAAAUCCACCUGCCCACUGUUGCCGACAGUUGUACAGGCUGCACUCUAUGUCUCAGUGUCUGCCCUAUUAUUGACUGCAUCCGAAUGGUUUCCAGGACAACACCUUAUGAACCAAAGAGAGGCCUGCCCUUAGCAGUGAACCCAGUGUGCUGAGGUGAUCAGACCAGCAGUUAAAGUGAACCUUACAUUUGCUUGAUUCUAUUGAUUUGCUUUCUAAUUAGUACCAGCAACUCCAAAAAGAAAAAGAACCUAAUGAUGGUAGCCAUUAUAACACUUGCUGUAUCGAGCAAUCUCUUGUUUAAACCUUCACACAAAGAGCCGUUUGUCAAAUAUUAGUUUUUUUGAGAAGUCUAAACUUUUUCUUUCGUCAAUUCUUAGUUGCUGUGAUAAUUUUGAUGAUUUUUAAAAAAAACAACAUACAACAUUAGGGGAGAUUUUGCUAACCGACUGAACCCAGCAUAAAGAAAAACUUAGUUACUAGAGAAACAUGGAAAAUUAUACAUUCUAUUUCAUUUCUAAAACUGUUUUUUAAGAUUUAAUUAACUGCAUAGCGUACAAACAAAGAAAUAUGGCUCUGUGUGUUUACAAAGAGAUAUAAAAAGAGAUUUAAAAUAGUAUUUCUGAACUAUCAAUCAGUUUCAACUGCAUCAGCAUAUGGCACGGUAUUACCUUAAUUCUCCCUAAAUUCAGCUUCUGACAAGGCACUAAAAAUAGAUUUGCAAACACACUGCACUCUCCAGCGCUUAAUGUUGUACAGCAGGUAGUAGCCAAGUUUCUUUGCUUUUGUUCAAUGUAUUCUUCCAAAUGUAAGCAUUUGCCCAAGGGCCUGAUUGAUUUUGGUUACAUAAGGUAUGCUGCUUGGCAGAUGAAAUUAUUCUCUAGAUGGUAGUGGACAAUUGUAGGCAGUUCCUCCCGGACUUUGCAGCUCUUGCAUACAGUGGCUCGGUUCACACACUGUGCCCAAAGGGCCAGUUGGGGGGAGGAAGGAGGACCAUUUGGCUUGGCCUUUAACUCAACGGAGGCCUCAGAUUUAGACACUUGUUAAUAUUCUGCCAUUAGUUUCAAGAUUUGUUUUUAUUUGCAUCCAGUGUAAUUUUUCAAUGGCCUGGAGCCUCAAAGCUGUAUGGCCCAGGCUAGCCUGAUCUCAUCAGAUCUUGGAAGCUAAGC